AUGGGUAUUCAAUUUCUGAUGCUUUUGGCUUGCUUGGCUACUUCUUCUAUGGCUCAGGCUCCUGGCGCUGCUCCCGCUCAGCCGCCCACCACCCCGGCUGUUCCGCCCCCGUCUACUCCUCCUCCAGCUGCCUCCCCACCUCCCGCCACUCCUCCUCCAGCUGCCACCCCACCUCCCGCCACCCCUCCUCCUGCAACCCCACCACCAGCCACCCCACCUCCCGCCACCCCUCCUUCAGCAACCCCACCAUCAUCCCCACCGAGCCAACCACCAGCCACACCACCUACAUCUCCAGCACCGACCUCCUCUCCAACUCCGCCACCAAAGGAGGGUCCAGCCUCGUCUCCAUCUCCAUCCACCGCGUCUCCACCAUCACCACCAACGGAAGGAAACGUCCCCUCCGGCGCGCCUGGACCCAACGCUCCCCCACCCCCAGAAGAUAAUGGCGCAGUCUCCAUUAGCCGGGUGGCAAUGGUUGGCAGUGCUGUGAGCGGAGUUUUGUUGGCAAUGGUGUUCGCUUAG